AUGGCCUCAGGGUCAUCAUACACAGAUAUGGAAGGGGAAGUUACCUGCCCCAUCUGCAUGGAGCUCCUAACUGACCCAGUAACCCUGGAGUGUGGUCACAAUUUCUGUCGGGGUUGCAUCAUUUGCUAUUGUGACACAUGGGAAGAACUGGGGGACUUGGAGUGUCCUGUCUGCAAAGCUGAGAUGCAGAAAGGGAAUUUCCACACAAACUGGCAGCUGGGAAGCUUAGUAAAAAAAAUGAAAGAAAAGAGAUUUCAUUCAAGAAAUCCAAGAACAGAAGAGGCUGAUGACCCACAUGAGGAUCCAGCCAGGCUGAGCCUCACCCCUGAACUCCAUGUGGAAUUUGAAAGUGGGGCCGGCCAAGUCCGGCAGUCGUGGCUGGUAGAAAAGGGAGAUUUUGCCAGAAGCACCAGGAAACCACCUUCCAAAGCUCUUUUCUGCAAGGAGGACGAAGCCCUCAUCUGUCUGGUCUGUGACCAAUCCAAGGAGCACAGAGAUCACAAGACCCUUCCUCUUGAGGAGGCCUCCCAAGAGUACAAGGACCAGUUCUGCAACCAUCUGGAGAUUCUGAAGAAGGAGAGAGAAAGAAUUGUGGGGUGUAAAGCAAACGUGUCGAAGGAAAGCAAAGCCCUGCUUCUAGUAAGCUGUCUGGGCCCCAUAACCUUUGUUGGGGAAUUGUUUCCCUAUUUGGCAAAUGUUACUCUGGAUCCAGACACAGCGCAUUCCAAUCUCAUCCUGUCUGUGGAUCGGAAAAGCGUGAAGGAUGGAGAAAAAGCUCAAACUCUGCCCAACAAUCCUGAGAGAUUCGACAGUUAUUGUGCUGUGUUGGGCCGUGAGGGGUUCACAGGAGGCCGUCAUUUCUGGGGAGUUGUUGUGGGAAGCGAGUGA